CCUGCGCAGUGGCGGUGGCUGCGGAGCGGCUCCCUCUGUUGCGAGAAGCGCUCCGUCCUCUAAGGGAAGGGGAGCCGAGGCGCCACGCGGGGCACCAUGUCGGCCGGGGGCGGCGGCGGCAAGGAGCCGCCUGCGGAGCGGGAGGGGGCGCCGGGCCUGCCGCUGGUGCUGAAGAAGCUGAUGGAGAACCCGCCGCGCCAGGCCACCCUCGAUAAAGAAAAGGAGAAGGAGAAACUCGAGGACGAUGAAGCGGCCGCCGCCAGCACCCUGGCCGUGUCCGCCUCCCUCAUGCCGCCCAUCUGGGACAAGACCAUCCCCUACGACGGGGAAUCGUUCCACUUGGAGUACAUGGACCUGGACGAGUUCCUCCUGGAGAACGGGAUCCCCGCCAGCCCCACGCACCUGAACCAGAACCCCCUCCUGCCCGUGGCCGAGCUGGAGGGGAAGGAGCCGGCCAGCUCCUCCACGGCCUCCCCACCGUCCUCCUCUUCUUCCUCCUCCUCCACCGUCGUGUUCCAGCCCUCCGAGACCACGUCCAGCACAGAAUCAUCCGCCGAGAAUGAGCGGGAGACCCCCAGCCCCAUCGACCCCAACUGCGUGGAGGUGGACGUGAAUUUUAAUCCCGACCCGGCCGACCUGGUGCUGUCCAGCGUGCCCGGCGGGGAACUCUUCAACCCGCGCAAGCACAGGUUUGCCGAGGAGGACCUGAAGCCGCAGCCGAUGAUCAAGAAGGCCAAGAAGGUCUUUGUCCCUGACGAGCAGAAGGAUGAAAAGUACUGGACCCGGCGGAAGAAGAACAACGUGGCGGCCAAGCGGUCCCGGGACGCCCGGCGCCUGAAGGAGAACCAGAUCACCAUCCGCGCCGCCUUCCUGGAGAAGGAGAACACCGCCCUGAGGACGGAGGUGGCCGAGCUGCGCAAGGAAGUGGGGAAGUGCAAGACCAUCGUCUCCAAAUAUGAGACGAAAUACGGACCCUUCGACCUGUCCGAUUCUGAGUGACGCAACUCGAGAGACUUUUUAAAACAAACACAAAUGCUAAAACCACACGCGAACCCGUCGGCCUGCAGAGGGAACAGCGAUGCCAGGGCGGUGUGCCGCAGCUGACGAUGGACCCUCCCCCGCCCCCACGUCCCCUUUUCCUUCCCGACCACCCCCCGGAUGACCUGCCUAGGGUCUCCUCCCUCCGGGCCGCCCUAGAGCUGGAGGUUUUUCCUAUUCUCCUGACUCUGCAGCCACCCCCUGCCCGGUGGUGGCACCGGAGGGCAUCACCCAUCUGGGAGGGAAGGGAGGGGCCGACGGCCCACUCUCCUCCUCCCGGCGCCGGUGGCCGGGAUGUUGAAAUUUUCUUGGAGGAAGAGAGGAGUUGGGGCCGGCCUUCCUUUCGAUGUGCCCAAAUUAUCUCUGACCAGAAAAUGGUGUGGUUUUAUUUUUUGGGGUUUGUUUUUUAAAGGCUGGACACCGUUCUCUCUUUUGAAUGCUGUGGGGUCAGGUGGCUGUAAAUGUUGUGACUGGAAUUGGGAGAAAGGAGUGACAACUUGCCUCCUCCUUUCUCUCUCCCUUGUUGCCCUAUUUCAGCCCUCCCCUCCCUAAGUCCCCCGACACACACACUUGUGUACACGCGCAGGAAAGGUCUUUGCACACAGCAACACCCCAGUCUUGGGGGAGCCACCGUGGCCUUGGCAGAGUUGUUUUGAGGAAGGGGUGGCAGGAGAGCUCUGGCAAAUAACGCUGAUGAAGCUGCUUUCUCUGCCACAGUGCCCAAGGCCUUGGGAAUCAGGUCCAAGGUAGCUGGGAAAGGAAGAGGAGCUGAGAGCGAAGGGGGCGGGGGUCUCCCAAUAAGGGGAUUUGAGGGCUCGGAGAAAAAGAAGCAUCCCAGUUCCUAAACUUUGGCUCCCAACCAGAUUGACGUUAGGUUGGGAAUCGGUUCCUCGUUUCCCAGGCUCCAUGCCUUCCCAUUUCUGGGGGGAAAAAAACUGCCUACCUCCACUGAAAGCUUUGGGGGAGACCAGUCCUGAGUGAGAUGGCAUCUUAGAGGAGUGUAGCUAGCAAAGAGCCCGGAGAGCCGGGGCAGCUUGGGGAGAGGAACCCCGAGAUGGGUGAAGGGGCUUUGCCAGUCGGAGGUGCUGCUGGCUUUUGCCCCCUUCCCCAGGAUGGCAAGUGAUAGCUAAACUUUGUGGUGAACUUUACGUCCCUGAGAGGUAGGCCGCAUGAACGGACAUGGAAGCGAAUUCUUGGCCUCACCCCAGACCUGACCAAAGAAGAGUGGUAGUGAUACAGAGUUGCCGGAUCCCGGCCCCAGGAACGCUUCCCCCCACCGUCUGAGGAGAGGAGGUCCAUGGCCUUGGGGAGUCCCUCAGCCCAAGCAGGAGCACCUUUGGGCUGGGAAAUGUUCGAGAAGUGAUUCAGAGACUGGGAUCCCCAGUGGGUCCACAAGGCUGUUCCCUCACAAUGACAUUGCAUUGUGGAAUUGUCUUUCAAGACAGGCCAGGGUCACCGUCCUGGCCAGGAUAUGCCAGCACGUGAUUGGCUUUAGGUUUUUUGUGUGCCCACAUGAGUUGGCAGGGAGUGUAGAAUCCACAGUUUUCCUUUCUAAUGUCACUCUAGAGCUGUUGGCCUUUAGACAUUCCACCCUGAGAGGGGAGGGGAAGCGGGAAGGCUUCGGAAAUCUGGCUAGGGACGUACCGCCCCAGUGCCUUGGCGAGCGAGCUGCUGGUGGGAUGAAAGCUAUGUGACUUAUCCAGGGAUGGGACUGUUCUUUAAAAAAAAAAAAAAAUAUUUUGAGAGAAUGUUU